AUGGCUGGCAGCAAUCAUACCAUGGUGACUCAGUUCUUUCUUGUCGGACUAACAGAUCGGCCAGAGCUGCAGCUCCCGCUUUUUGUCAUGUUUCUGCUCAUCUAUGUUAUCACCCUGCUGGGGAAUUUAGGGAUGAUCUUGGUAAUCCAGAUCAACUCCCAUCUCCACACGCCCAUGUACUUCUUCCUCAGCAACCUGUCCUUCCUCGAUGCCUGCUACUCCUCCACUGUGGCUCCUAAGAUGCUGGCCAAUUUCUUAGAGAAGACCAAAGCCAUUUCUUAUAAUGGAUGCAUGAUGCAAUAUGGCUUCUUCGCUAUAUUUGCCACCACCGAGAUGUUCCUCCUAGUUGCCAUGGCGUAUGACCGUUAUGUGGCCAUAUGUAAUCCACUGCUCUACACGGUCACGAUGACCAGGAAAGUCUGCCUGACACUGGUCAUUGGGUCAUACUUCUGGGGCAUGGUGAACUCUUUGAUCCACACAAUUGGCUUGUUGAGGUUAUCCUUUUGUGACUCCCAUGUUGUCAACCACUUUUUCUGCGACCUCACCCCUCUCCUGAAGCUUUCCUGCAGUAACGUCCAUGUGAACGUGGUCCUGGUUUUCAUCUUUGGCAGUUUGUUCGAAAUGAGCACUGUUCUGAUCAUCAUCUUCUCGUACGGGCUCAUCAUCCUCACCGUGCUGAGGAUCCGCUCGGCAGAGGGCAGGCGCAAAGCCUUCUCCACCUGCACCUCCCACCUGACCGCUGUGGCCAUGUACCAUGGGACGAUUCUUUUCAUGUAUUUCCGACCCACCUCCAGCUAUUCCAUGGACACGGACAAAAUGGCCUCCGUGUUCUACACGAUAUUGAUCCCCAUGCUGAACCCCCUCAUCUACAGCCUGAGGAACAAGGAGGUGAAAUGUGCUGUGAAGAAAAUAAUAGAGAGGAAAAUGUUUAUUCAGUCAGUUCCUAUCCUAGCAUAAUUCAGAGUAACCAAUGGGGAAAGGUGGUAGGAGAUCGAAAUCCCACUGUUGCUAUGGAGUGGGAAGCCAGGGAAUUUCCACAAAGAGGUGAAAAGUAUCACCCAGCACAUAUAUUUUGUGGCUGCCUUUUUAUGUCCUCUGGUCAUUGAAUGCUGUAAGAUCCUAGGUGAGGUAAUACCCUUUACCAGGCCAACUUUGGAAACUCUUCUUCUUUGAAAAGAUCUUGCUCUAAAGCUUGUCUCUUUCACCUAAGAAGUUAACACAUCCAAACACAUUAAUUUGAAUUUUCUUUUUCGUAUUUUCAUUUUAGUAAA